AUGGACGUUAAUCUGAUCAGGCUCUGCGGCUGCGCACUGCGACCAGCAGGCGGCGCUCACACUCAGCAGCGACCGUCAAAGAAAGAAGAAGAAGAAGAAGAAGAUAGGCUCUUAGUGCGCCUGCGCUUCGUGGUGGGCGAUAGUUUGGGGGUCAGUCUGGCUCGGUUCGGUCACAGUUCGGUCCACAUGUCCCGGCAGCUGCUCCGGAGACUCCGGCCUCUCAGCGGGCCGCCGGGGCUCCUCUCCGCCGGCUCAGGUCGCUCCUUUGGCGGCUGCGCUCCGGAGCUGCCCGCCGCUCAGGUCCGCAGCACCUUCCUGGACUUCUUCCGAGAGAAACACGGACACCUGCUGGUUCCGUCCUCCCCGGUCCGGCCCAGAGGAGACCCCAGCCUGCUGUUCGUCAACGCCGGCAUGAACCAGUUUAAGCCCAUCUUCCUGGGAACAGCAGAUCCUCGCAGUCAGAUGGCUUCGUACCGCCGUGUGGUCAACAGUCAGAAAUGCGUCCGAGCCGGCGGCAAACACAACGACCUGGACGACGUCGGCCGAGACACCUACCACCACACCUUCUUCGAGAUGCUGGGAAGCUGGUCCUUUGGAGACUACUUUAAGGACGAGGCGUGUCGGAUGGCCUGGAGCCUUCUCACAGAGCAUUAUGGGAUACCUGCAGACAGACUGUAUGUCUCUUACUUUGGCGGAGAUGCUGCGUCAGGAUUACAGUCUGACGAGGAGACUCGACACAUCUGGCUGGACAUCGGGGUUCCUCCUGGUCGCCUCCUGCCGUUCGGCCUGAAGGACAACUUCUGGGAGAUGGGGGAUUCGGGCCCCUGUGGCCCCUGUACUGAGAUCCACUACGACCACAUCGGAGGCCGAGACGCCGCGGCGCUCGUCAACGCCGACAGUCCGGACGUCGUGGAGAUCUGGAACCUGGUCUUCAUGCAGUACAACAGGGAGGCGGAUCUCAGUCUGCAGCAGCUGCCCCAGUUCAGCGUGGAUACUGGGAUGGGACUGGAGCGACUGGUGAGCAUCCUGCAGGGAAAAAGGUCAAACUAUGACACCGACCUGUUCACGCCGCUGCUGCACGCCAUCCACCAGAGGUCGAGGGCGGCGCCGUACGGUGGCCGGCUCGGGGCAGCGGAUCAGGGUCAGGUGGACCUGGCCUACAGAGUCGUGGCCGACCACAUCCGGACUUUAUCGGUCUGCAUUGCCGACGGUGUUCACCCAGGCAUGUCUGGAGCUGAGUUGGUCCUGCGGAGGAUUUUGCGGCGGGCGGUUCGGUUCUGUAUAGAGGUCCUUCAGACUCCUCAGGGAGCGCUGGCCAGCCUGGUUCCAACUGUCACCCACUUGCUGGGUGACGUGUACCCAGAGCUGCACAAGGAGGCCGAUCGGAUCGUGGACGUCAUCAACGAGAACGAGGCUCAAUUUCUGUCGUCGCUGCAGCAGGGGAGCCGGCUCAUCCAGCGCACGCUCAGCAGGAAGGACUACAAGCAUGGAGUCUUCCCUGCCUCGGUGGCCUGGUCUCUGCACAGGGACCUGGGCUUCCCUCUGGAUCUAGUGGACCUCAUGCUGGAGGACAGAGGCGUCCAGGUGGACCGUCAGGAGCUGGACCAGAUCAUUGCAGAGAACCACAAGGUGUCGUCAGGGCCACAGUCAGGUGUUCCGUCCCAGGUGAUGCUGGAUGUCGUCAGCCUGGCGGAGCUGCAGCGUCUCGGCGUUCCUCACACCGAUGACAGUCUCAAGUACGGGUACCGACUGGAAGAGGACCGCUAUGUGUUCCCAGCAUGCCGAGCCACAGUCCUCGCUCUGUACGACGGUCGGACGCUGGUGUCGGAGGUCCUUGAGGGGCAGCGCUGCGGAGUCAUCAUGGACCGCACCUGCUUUUACUCGGAGCAGGGGGGGCAGUCACAUGACCAGGGCUACUUCACCCGGGACGGGCUGCAGGACGUGCCAUUCCCGGUGGAGGCGGCGCUUCUGGCCGGAGGGUACGUGGUCCAUCAGGUGACUGCAGCCGACAGCCUGAAGACCGGAGACCAGGUCCAACUGCACCUGGAUCAGGUCCACAGAAUGUCCUGUAUGGUCAAACACACGGCGACUCACCUCCUGAACUUUGCCCUGAAGAAGGUUCUUGGUUCUUCAGUUCAGCAGAGAGGCUCUCAUGUGACGGCCGACCGCUUGCGCUUUGACUUUACUGCCAAGGGUUCUCUGAGCGCCUCUCAGCUGCAGCAGGUAGAAAAGUGCAUCAGUGACAUCGUUGCAGCCGAUCAGAUUGUCCACAGCUUGGAGCUUCCUCUGCACACAGCAAAGAGCAUCCGCGGGCUGAGGACAGUGGACGAGGUGUACCCCGACCCAGUCCGGGUAGUGUCGGUGGAGGUUUCAGCCUCUGAGCUGCUGGACGAUCAGACAGACAGAGAGACGUCUGUGGAGCUCUGCUGUGGGACGCACCUGCUCCGGACCGGAGCCAUCGAGGAUCUGGUGAUCGUCUCUGAGAAGCAGAUGGUGAAAGGAAUCAGCCGGAUCGUUGCGGUGACGGGACAGGAAGCAGCACGGGCCCGGGACACCGGUCAGGUUCUAUCUCAGGACGUAGACUCUCUGGCAGCCAGACUGUCAGGCUCCGCCCCCUCCAGCUGCAACUCUGCCCAGCGUUUGGCCAAGGAGGUUGGCGUCCUCUCUGACGCCGUAGACAACACCUCCAUCCCCCAGUGGCUGCGCAGAGAACUGCAAGGUCGACUCAAAGCUCUGCAGAGGAGCAGCAACACCGCUGUCAGAAAACUGGAAACCAGAGAGGCCACAGUUAGAGCUCAGGCUCUGCUGGAGAAGAACGGCAGGAAGGAUCUGCUGGUGGACUCGGUGGAGACGGACUCUCUGUCGGUGGUGAUGAAAACUGUGAACCAGCUGAGCGCCAUCGCUCCUCUCAGUCACGUGAUGCUUCUUGCUCACCAGCGGCAUUCUGGGAAGGUUCUGUGUGCCUGUCAGGUUCCCAAGGACUCGUUGUCGCUCGCAGCCUCUGAUUGGGCGGUGGCGGUCUGUCAUCACCUCGGGGGGAGCGCAGGGGGUUCAGCGCUGGUCGCCAGGGGAACCGGUAGCAGCAGUGACAUCAGCGAGGCCCUGAGGUGGGCCGAGGAGUUUGCCCGCCAGAAAACACGGCGAUGAUGUCAUAGACUGUAGGCCCCGCCCACAGCAGCCUCUUGUGAUUGGAGGACAGAUGUCAGGUGUAUUUUAAACAUUUCUUUGUUUUAGAAGGAAUAAAAAC